CCACAGUCCACAAGCUACAGCAAAAGCCCGUCUCUCCUCGCUCCCGUCGCCUCGCUCGCUCGCUUCUGCUGACGACGAUCAUGCCCACCGCCGUCGCCGCCGCGGCGAGCCCCACGCCGCGGGACAGCGGGCGCGGCCGCCCCCGCCGCCUGCGCCGCCGCAGGGCCAGGAAGAGUAGGGCCAAUGCGGGGGCCGGCGAGGAGAGCGCCCGCCCCGGCCCCGACCCCGCUCCCCAGGUGGAGGUGGAGUACGUGCCGGAGAAUCCCUGCCUCGGCGCCGACGACCCCCUCCUCCUCGGGGUCUUCGCGGCCGUCUUCGAGAAAUUCGGCCUCACGGGCCCCGCCGCCGCCGCGCCCGCCGAGGUCUCCGGGCCCUCCUCUCCCCCCGCCGAGGGCGAGGAGAAUGAGAGGGAAGGCGCUGUAAAUGCCGCGAUGAACAAGGGGCCAGAUGCUGCUGAUGCUGAGCAGGAGACCCCAAAGAAGGAGGAGGAGGAGGAAGCAGUUGCCCCGUCGAAGAAGCAGAGGAAGCAGCUGCGGAGGGUGAAGAUUUCAGAGCUGAGGCAGAUGUGCAGCAGGCCUGAUGUUGUUGAGGUCUGGGAUGGUAAUGCCCCGGAUCCGAAGUUGCUUGUAUGUCUCAAGUCCUGCAGGAACACCGUGCCUGUUCCGAGACACUGGUGCCAGAAACGAAAGUACUUGCAGGGCAAGAGGGGUUUUCAAAAACAGCCGCUCCAGCUUCCUGACUUCAUUGCUGCAACUGGAAUUGAAAAAAUAAGACAGGCAUACGUUCAGAAGGAGAACAAAAAGACAUUGAAACAGAAGCAGCACAACCGUAUGCAGCCCAAGAGGGGAUAUAUGGAUAUGGAUUAUGAGGUUUUGCAUGAUGCAUUCUUCAAAUAUCAAACAAAACCCACAUUGACUAGUUAUGGUGAUCUGUAUUAUGAAGGGAAAGAGUUUGAGCUGAAGCUUAAGGUAAUGAAACCAGGUAUGCUGUCCCAGGAGCUUAAAAAAGCUCUUGGUAUGCCUGAUGGUGCCCCGCCCCCAAGGGUUACCAGGAUGCAGUUCUUUGGUCCUCCACCCUCUUAUCCUUAUCUGAAGAUCCCAGGUUUUAAUGCCCCAAUCUCUCCUGGAGACAGUUUGGGUGAUGAACCUGAUAAGGAAGAACCUCUCAAUCGCAGCAAACACUGGGGAGAUUUGGACGAAGAAGAGGAUGAAGAGGAAGAAAAAGAGGUGGAACUAAUUAUUCAUGAGGAAAUAGAAGAAGGUGUUCGGUCUAUUGACACCGUCUCAAGUACUCCGGCUGGUGUGGAAGCACCUGAUGUUAUUGAGCUUCGGAAGCUGAGGAAGGAGUCAGAUAACCAGGCAGAAAGGCCAUUAUACCAGGUUCUUGAACAGAAAGAACUAAGGAUCACUCAUAGGGCGCUGUUCGCGUCGAGCCACGCAUAUGUUUCCCUGGCCAAACCUACUGAGUACGUGCUGGUUGGAGCGCAAGAUACACCGUCAUCAUCAGGCGGCAAUUUUGGUGAUGGGCCUGGGGAGUUGGGAAAGCCUCCAACUGACGAGGAAGAACCUAUUGAUCGCAGCAAACACUGGGGAGAACUGGGCGAAGAAGAAGAGGAAGAGGAGGAAUUGGAAGAUGGGAAACUAGAAAAAGGCAUUCUAGAAGAGGAAGAAGAGGAAGAGGUACUGGAAGAUGGGGGAAUAGAAGAAUGCAUUCUAGAAGAGGAAGAGAGGAAGGAGGAACUAGAAGAUGGGGAAGUAGAAGAAGGCACUCUGGAAGAGUUGGAGGAGGAGGAACUGGAAGAUGGGGAAAUAGAAGAAGCUACUCGGCAAGCAGAAGAGGAGGGGCUGGAAGAUGGGGAAAUAGUACAAGGUAUUCGGCAAGAGGAGUUGGAGGAGCUGGAAGAUGGGGAAAUAGUGGAAGGCAUUCUGCAAGAGGAAGAAGAGGAGGAGGAACUGGAGGAGGGGGAAAUAGUAGAAGGCAUUCGGCAAGCGGGAGAGGAGGAGGAGGAACUGGAGGAGGGGGAAAUAGUAGAAGGCAUUCGUCAAGAGGAAAAGGAGGAGGAGGAACUGGAAGAUGGGGAAAUAGUAGAAGGCAUUCAUCAAGAGGAAAAGGAGGAGGAGGAACUGGAAGAUGGGGAAAUAGUAGAAGGCAUUCGUCAAGAGGAAAAGGAGGAGGAGGAACUGGAAGAUGGGGAAAUAGUAGAAGGCAUCCGGUCUGGCACCAUGUCAAGCAGCACUCCAGCCAGUGUGGAAACACCUGAUGUUAUCGACCUUGGGAAGUCGUGGAGGAAGGAGCCCGAGAAGCAGGCAGAAAAGCCAUUUUACCAGAUUCUUGAGCAGAAAGAAGGGAGGAUGGCCUCUGCCAGAUCACUGUACUUGUCAAGCCGCAGGUACGUGCUGGUGGGAGCGCAAGAUAAACCAUCAACAUCAACAUCAUCAUCAGGCUCUAAAAGUAAAAGGAAGCAGAAGCUGGAGAGGGUGGACGUCACGAUCCACCCUGACCAGCUCGACACCGUAGAGGACGCCCUGGUGGCCAAGUACAGGGAGCUUUGGGGGGAGGAGAGCAAGGGCAAGGGCAAGGGGAAGAUGAGGAGGAAGGUGGUGGGCGGGGAAGGCAGCAGCUGGGUGUCGCCGCCGUCCUGGAAGACGGUGACGAAACGGAAGAAGGUGGACUUCAAGUUUUAGAAGAGGCCGCGAAUGGGAUGUAACUUUUUUGUGUGCACUGGAGGAGGUAGAUUAGUGUGUCUGAUGAUGAUGAUCUGAUGAACAGAAGAGCUCCCGGCCGUUGCACGGUGGUGGUGGAGUAGGGGUAGGAAUUCAGUUUCUGAUGGGCUGUCGGAGCCGGUGAAGAAGGCUGCUGUCUGUCGGAGUAAUUUUUGUGCACAAACGAGCUAGUAACUCACUGGAGGAGACAGAUGAGCAUGAGCGUAUCAGUAUGCGAUGACUUGCUGAACAGAACCCGUUGCACCGCGUAUGCAUGUGCAGAUGGUAGGAAUGCAGUUUUUUGGUUGGGCAUGUGAAUGGAUCAUCACCAAACCCGUUGAACCGUGA